AUGUUGAGCCUUGAAUGUUCUUUCUGGGACAUCACUUAUCCUUUAUGUACCUACACCUCCAUAUUCAUCAUUUUCCUACUUGCCUGGCAAAUAAGACGGAGUUGCCAGAGAUUGAGUUUGGAACCUAAAAAGAGCUGCUACCGGCAUCACCGAAAAGUCAGGCAAAGGGCUAGAGAUGCAGCGGCAAGAGCCAGGAGACGUUCCCGAGAAGAAGCUGAGAAGCCAUGGGAGCUGCUCUCUGCCUUGAAAAGCCAAAGCUGGAUCCCCAAGGAGGGAAAUGUGCGGCAGCUCCUGUGUUUAGAUCCCGGCUGCCAAAUCUGUGAGGCUGCAACUCUAGAGAUUCGGCAGUUGCUGCAGAGUGAGAAAAACCAGCUCUCCCCUGCUUUGUUGGGACUGCCACAGGGCUCUGCUCGCCUGGAGAUGUCGCCCAUGUCCUUUCAACAGAAUACAGAGUUUCAUUCCAGGCACCAAAGAAGACAUCUUCCACUGGUACCUGAAACCCAAGCACUAACAGAGCUAACAGAACACCUAACACAGUUGACCAACACAGUUGGUGUCCAAGAAUACUGGACUGAUCAACUCCAGCUAGAGCAGAAAUUUCAUCUGGCCGACAUGCCCAUGGUCUCAGAGACUAUGGAUUCAUCAAGAUUCGAGGAGCCUAUGGUUUUAAUGAUUAAGGAAAAAAUAAUGCAAAGCAAAGUAAAGCUUGACCAGGAAAGCCAAGACCUUCAUCACGUGGAGUCCUCUGUGUCUUUACUAUCCCUGGACCCAAAGAUCACUGACUUGUCACACACUGUGUCCUUACAUAUGGACUCCAUGCUGUCUUCCCACAUGCCAAUACUUAGUCCUAAAGUCCGUGGGCUUCUUGAACUCCAUGUAAAAAAAUGGAUACACUUCCAGAAGUGGGGUCUUCCCAGACGUGUGGAGGAGUCCCUGAGGCAGCUUAUGCCAAACCUGACAUUGCUUUGUCGAUCUCGAGAAAAUUCGUCUUCCUACAUUCUGACCAGUAGCUCUAUGGUCACCAGGGACACAGUUGGGAUCAUUUCUCACAAGACGAACAGCUUGUAUCUGGCAAGCCAACCCAUCCAGAACUUCUGGGUUUCCAAAUGGCCUGUUAUAAACCUGAAACAAGGAAGGCCCUGGCACCAAAGCCACACUUGCUUGCCCUCUCAUGGAGCUGAACAUUUAAAUAAUUUCUAUCCACUCCCUGAGGCAGAAGCUAAUGACUCAGGGGACGACGAGGAGGACGACGAGGAGGACGACGAUCUUCAGAGCGAAUAUUAUAGCCAGUUAUUCUGUGGCCUUCCAUCUCUUCACAGCGAGUCCUUGGAUGUCACUCCCUUGAGCCCUCCAGGUAUCUGCAAGAAAAAGAACAUGCCCAAGCCCCUCAUAGAUGCUCAGCCCUCAGGGGUACUCCCAGGCCUUUUCUUACCCAAAACACCAUCUAAGUCAGCCCUGCCCUCUUCCCUGACUUCUCCAAACAGCAAGACUCCCUACGAGCAGGAAGGAGCGCAGAUCACCGUCCCGUUCCUGACUCUGGCUGAAUGUGAAGCCUUGGAACACCACCUCCUAGAGAAGCGACUCAAGCUUCAGUGGGGCCUGCCAGCUUUCUUCCUACAAAACCAGUACACCCUGAGCCAAAGGCCGGGUGAAGCACCAGGUAAGGAUAAGACAGUGAAAACUUUCUGGGCAAGGAAUCCCUUCUCAUAUUCCACCAGGAAAAUCUUACCAGAGCACACACGCCGGCUGCUAGAAUUCCACCUGCAGAAGCAGCUGAUUCACCAGCGCUGGGGGCUGCCCCAGAGGAUCCAGUGCUCCAUUCAUAUGCUCCUCUCCUCUCCCGACCAGCAGUCCCUGUCCUACAUGGGCAGUAGGCUAUCCGAUGUGAGCAUCUCACAGCCAGAGGCUGAUGGGUCUGGUGGCGUGUUCUCAUCCAUAGCGGGCAAAGGGUCAAUCAUAAUGCCACACUUGUUUGCUGAGGCGAGAGCCACGUUGAAAAGUCAUGUUGAUACCAAAUGUGAACAAGUCCACAAGGGCAAGGUCCCGGCCCAAGUCUGUAGCUCUUGGGAACGCAAAAUUCCUGGAGGCUUGGCCUCAACGCCUCCCUUCCCUUGUAUCCCACAAGGCCAGUGCAGAAAGUUACAGGCAGAAAGUAAACGUAACCCUGACCUACAUCACAUAGUUGUUCCCUGGAAAUCAAAGAUCCUCAGCAAGGAGACACAGGCCUUAUCCGGUACUCUCUUUGAACAUUGUAAGCGGCCCCAAGCCCUGCCUGAGGAAACCAUUAAGAAACUGGAGACCACUUUACACCACAAGUAUCUGGCCUUCCUGUCAGGCCUGCCUGCCCUUUACUGCGUGGCUCUCUCUAGACCUGCAUCUCCAGCAGUCACUAGUCAACCUAGACCCAAAGAGAAGAUGCCCAGGCCUGUUAGAAGCCUAUCAAGAGCUUCGACUCAAAUCACCCCACUUAAGCCCUGCGCUCAGGAUGAUGGUAGGGUGUCUGCGGACGUUGUGGAAGAGGUCCAGCCUGGAGAACAGGCGGAUGAAAGGACAGAGAACGUGCCUCCAGAGAGCCAGCCUCCCCUAGGCAGACCCUACUCACUAAACACACAUAUCUUGGCCAAACUGAAUUUCCACCUGAAGAAAAAGGUCCUCGCAAUGCAGUUUGGGGUUUCUGAAAAGGAGAGGAGGGAGCACAAAGAGUUAGAGGCGACAGGCCUUGAGAGUGAAUCCAUCCAGGAGUUCCUCAGGAGUCUACACAUCCCAGAGAGCACAGAGAGCACUCAACCUCAGGAACAGCCCAUGGCAAGUCCAUCUCCCCCAGCCCCAAAUGCAAAAAGGGUCCAGCUUAAAAAACCGGCAUCUCCUGCAGUGCAGGCCCUGAAGCAAAAGCAAUCUACUUCCAGAGCAGCGCCCUGCGGUUCUGCCCAGCAGGGCUCCAAGGCCUCGCAAUUCCAAAGGGACACGAGGAAGACCCAAGUCUGUCUUGACAUGGAAACUGGAAGGAAAAAGCCCAACCUAGAGAAACCCAAGGCAGUGGGAGACCUUGGAGAAGGGGAUGCUGGUCUUGGGCUUUACCUGGUCAGUCAAAAACCACACCGGGACAGAGAGCAGGAACUGGAAAAGAAGACCCUGCACAGAACACCUCAGGGCUCCUCACAACAGGACCAUAACUUCCAUCUUGAGGGUGCCUGUCUGCACAGCUCCCAGGAGCCCCCUGAGCUCGAGUUCCCAGCUCCACCUCCAGAAAUCUUUAUGGAGACAGACUCUGAGCAGGACAUAGAAGACAGUCAAAGCGAGGACUCCCUUGUCCUGGAAGCUGCAAGGAUUGCUGAAGUCCCCCAUUCUGAGGUCUCCCAGGCCUCCCAGGCCUCCCAGACCUCCCAGGCCUUCCAGAGCCUGCCUUUCCCAGGCUCACCAAUUCAGAGAAAGCCUUUUCAGGCCCAAUCUUGCCCGGGUCACUUUUCACCAGGGCAUAUGAUGCCAGUCUCUCCUAACACUAGGCCCAGCCAUCUUCCAGAGGCUGGCUUGAAAAAUAAGAUGAAAUUCUUUUUACACUCUAUUAACCCCAAGACAAAGAGCAGAACAUACACGGAACCGCCCGUGGUCUCUACACCUGGAAAGGUGGCCAAAACCAGCAAAGAAAAUGUUGAAAGGGGUCUGCUUCAAACCAAGAGCCCCAUCAAGAAAACUAGGUCAGAGGACUCCAGAGUGCCCAAGGCCCAGUCUUCGUCCUCCGAGAGGUCAGUGAUCGCCUCCUUGUUAACGGCCCCCCAUAUUCUAGACAGUAAACUCCGGCCCCGCUCUCGGCAGCUUGGCCCUGUCUCGGUGCUGGGCAGCUCCCGCUAUUGUCCUCGGCACUGUCCGAGGUUGGCUUAUGCCACUCAAUAGAGAAACCCACUCUAG